AUGCCAGUGCCAGAUGGUCCCACUGAAGGCAUUUUUGCCAAAAUCUUAUUUGGAUGGGCAAUCUUGGCCGUGAUUUUCUACGUGUGGUCCUACGUGCGUGAGGGCAAGUUCAUUGGAGAAGACUACUUUGAGGAUAGUCAGGUGCAGUGGAAGAGCGGAUGUGCAGAUGUGGAGAUCAGACCGCUGCGCCGCUGCCUCUCGGAAAAGGACUUUGUGCGCGUGCCGAGUGCACCCAGCAGUAUGCCCAAUGCUCCACGGGUGCAGCCCAGUGUGGACACGCCAGUACUGAACCAGGCUGGCAAAGCCAAAGUUCGCAGAGCUGUGAAACAGGCAGCCUCCCUGGACGAUCUUGCUGAGAUUGAGAAAGCUCUGGACUCUGGAAGGAUCUCUGAUUCCCUCGCAGCGAGACUAAAACUUGGCCCUGAUGAUUUCAUAUCUUCCAGGUCAGAGUCGAGUGCUCCUUUGCCACUGGGAGCGCAGGUUCUGACCCCCGGAGGCCUCCUGAAGGUGAGAAACUUCAUCGAGCGGGCCAAGACCCCAAGACCUGUGACACCGUUGACACCUUUGACACCUUUGGCACUGAUCAAACAUUCAUGUUUUGUUCAUGUUCCUUUCAUGUUCUGCAAGUGUUUUCAUGUAUUUCAUGUUCCAUACUUUCCUUUUUUUUCUCGCACAACCACUUUUUUUCUUGUGAAACACUUGGACAUUUUUUGA